UAUAAUCAAUCAGAUUGUUCACUUUUCGUCCACAAUGGAGUAUCUAGUACUGCUGCUCUCUGCGUUGGUUCUUUACGUGGCUUACGGGCUGUUCUGGCGACUCUAUCUUUCUCCGAUUGCGCAUAUUCCCGGGCCAAGAAUUGCUGCAGCUACUCGACUAUAUGAGGCCUACUACGACUUAGUUCUCGGUGGACAAUACACCUUCAAGAUUGGAGAGCUACACAAAGAAUAUGGCCCCGUCAUCCGAAUCUCCCCUUGGGAGGUGCACAUUCACGAUCCGGACUUUUACGGCACAAUCUACGCCUCCGCUACGGCACAGCGCAAAUCAGACAAAUACCCCUUUUUUACCAAAUUCAUGGGACUUGAUCUAUGCGUUUUUGCAACUGUAGAACAUGAUCUCCAUCGAAAGCGACGAGCAGCAUUGCUACCUUUUUUCAGCAAGGCUAGCGUGAGGAGGCUUCAGCCAGUCAUUACUGAGAGAGUCGAAGUUCUGCUUAGUCGCGCGAAAGAAUUCCGGGGGACUGGGCGUGUCUUAAACGCCAGUUGCAUGUUCUCCGCACUCACGAAUGAUGUGGUCAAUCUCUACUCGUUUGCGAGAUGUGAUUACCGGCUUGAGGACCCAAACUUCGAUCCAUGGGCUCGCGAUGCCUCCUUACAAGGCGCUAAUUCCGCCAACUUCAUGAAACACGCGCCCUGGAUCAACGAUGUUGUGAAAAGAUUGCCCGACGCAAUGGUGGCAAAAAUUCUCCCCGCUCUUGCCACCUUCACGACUCAGAAACGGUCUUCUGAAGCCCAAGUCGUGAAAAUCAUAGAAGGCCAAAAUGAAGGGUGGAAGGAAAGGGAACAUCCCACGAUCUUUCACGAAGUUCUCAGUUCUAAGCUUCCACCCGAAGAGAAGACCGUUGCCCGCCUUGCCGAUGAUGCGCAAAUGGUAGUCAUGGCGGGGACGCUCACAACCGCCGCUGCCCUCGAAGUGAUCUCAUUCUGGCUUUUAUCUCAGCCAGAUACUCUACAAAAGCUCAAGGAUGAGUUGAGUGCGGCGAUCCCAGUUCCAACUGAGGCGAGCAAUGUGCCCUUGCCUACAUUGGAGGCUCUUCCAUACCUCACAGCGGUCAUCAAAGAGGGCAUGCGUCUGAGCUAUGGAGUAUCGACCCGACUUCAGAGAAUUGAUCCAAACAAUACUAUGACCUACACGGACAAAGACACCGGCAAAAGUUGGGCAAUUCCGGCGGGGACCCCCGUCGCAAGCACGAGUGUACUCAUACACCGCGACGAAAGCAUCUAUCCGAACAGCGAAAGGUUUUCACCGGAACGUUGGCUGGACGGUAGAGCGACAGCACUCGAAAAGUACUUGGUCAGUUUCUGUGCCGGCAGUCGCAGGUGCUUCGGGGAGAACCUUGCAUAUGCAGAGAUCUAUGUUGGUCUGGCCGCGAUUUGGAGGGUGUGGGGCAGCUGUGAUGAGGAAGGUAAACGAUUGGCAUGGGGCGAGGACGAUGUGGGGGCUUUGAGCUUGUGGGAGACGACCAAACGGGAUGUGGAGAUUGAAAGUGAUCAGUUUGUACCUGCUGCACAGAAAGGUUCCAAGGGAAUCCAGCUUAUGGCUUGGCAUCCUCAGGCAGCAUAG